GAUGGGUUCACGCUUCCUCCUAGUGCUAGUGCCGGGCCAGUUAGUUAGUCAACGUCGAGCAACGUGCAGCGUCGGUAAGGAAUCAAAGUGCACUAAGCCAGAUCGUUACCCAGAGCAACACCGGACCGGACUUGCAAUGCAUUUGUUGUCCAGUUUCCCAAUGAGAACGAUACUGUUGCUGACACUAGUGGUCACGACAACGCGGGCCAUCAUCUAUCAGUGCGAUCACUUCGAGCGCGAACACUACAAUGUGCGCUACUGUGCGCUGUUCAACGUGACGAUCGCACACUUUGCGGCCGAUGUCGACUUCCUGUCCGAGUAUCCGCGACCGCAUCGGAUCGAGUUCUUCCAAUCGAACCUCACCGAGGUACCGCGAGCCUUGUUCUCCACCUUUCCCGAGCUGCAGGAGAUCAGCUUUGUGGAGUCGGGCAUUGAGCAUCUGCCCAGGUAUACGUUCGAGCACGCCAAGCAACUGCAGCGGCUAACGCUGGCCGGGAACGGCCUCACCAGUAUCGGUGCGUUCGUGUUCGGGGGUGCGGAAAGGCUGCAGUCAUUGAAUGUGUCACGAAAUCGUCUCAAAGAGUUGAAAGAUCAAUCGCUUAGUGAUGUACUGGAGUUGAACGAGCUCGAUCUUAGCUACAACCAGCUGGAAUCGUUGCCGACGGAUGUGUUCGCGUUGCUAACGAAGCUCAAGACGCUGUUCCUGCAUCACAAUCGGCUGACGCAGCUUGCCGAUGGUACGCUGCGGAACAAUUUCCUAGCGACGCUCGAUCUGAGCUACAAUCGGUUACAGGAAUUCGACAGCAACCGUGUGAUGACGGCGGAACCGACGGAGGUGCUUCGGUUGCGAGCGAACGCGCUGCAACGGUUCGCGAUACCGCUGAUCACGCACCUGAUCGAUCUGUCGGCGAACAAUGUGAGUGUGUUGUUGCGCAUGCAACCGGAUGAACCGUGCACGGUGCAGCAUUUGAAUGUUUCAUUUAAUCGGUUAACGAAUCUCGUAAACGUCACCGACCUUUCACGGCUGACCACGCUCGAUGUGUCGUUUAAUCCGCUCGGUGAUUUACCGCUGACCACGUUUCUGUCGCUGCCGAACCUGGUCGUGCUCAAUCUAGAGGCCACCAACCAGACGCACCUUGAACAUGGUCUGUUUUCACAGCAACAGCGUCUUGUUUGGCUCGAUCUGUCCUUUAACCGGCUCGAGCGGUUCGAGCUGAGUGUGCUGACGGCGGCAACCGGACUGCAGCAGCUGUACCUCGAUGGUAAUGCGCUGACUAGCCUUGACUAUGGGCAGCUGUACGAACUGCUGCCGGUACUGCGCCAUCUCGGACUGUUCGCUAAUCACUGGAACUGCUCGUACCUGAUACAGCUGAUGCGGUACUGCAAGCGGCACAACAUCAGCAUCGAACCCUCGAAACCGUACGGUACCGUGCUGCAUCUGCCGAACGUGCGCGGUAUCUACUGCCAGAGCUCACCGGCCGCCCGGUUGCCCGUCUUUCAACCGAUCGUGCACUCGUCGAUCGACGACGGGGAUUCUGUGCAGGAUCAGCAGCAGCAGCAGCAACCGCAGCAGACUCAAUCAACAACCGUGUCUUCCGUGGGAGACGCUGAUGACUCCACAGCACGACUACUGGCGUUGAUGCAGCAACUGAACCGGACCACGUUGGAACGAUUCGAACGGAUCGAUCAACGGGCAACGGUGGCCGCAGGUGAUGCCACACUGCACGCUUAUAGUGUCCAAAUCUUUAUACUGCUCAUUCUGUCCGCCAUUCUGAUUAUUAAUGUCGGUUUCUUGCUGUGGGUGCAGCAUAAUGCGAACGUACGCCGGGCCGUCGAUCGAAUGAUCAUCUUCCGGCGGCAACAGGGUGACUCGAUCGAAACUCAACUGCAUGGAGACUUCUGAGGUGCUUCAGAGGCCUCCAGGGGACAGUUUGAAACACUUUUUUUUUGCUGACUUUAUUACUUCUUAAAGUUAAUAGUUAAAGAUUACUUAAAGUUAAUAGUAUAGAUAAGAGUAACUUGCAAUAAAAUACUUAAUGCCUUAGACAUUGUA